CGGUCCUUCGCUAAUCCACUGUCCGUCUCUUCGAAGACUUCUAGUUCAAGACCCUAGCAGGACAUCCUACCCGAGCUGAGGUAGACAAUGCCUCAGCCAACGCUUCCCAGCUCGCUCAGUCCCCAUGUUUGUAUAUUGGCCUCCCCGGAUGUUCAGCAGGUUCUUGAUGGGGCUGGCCUGCCGCCUUUGCCGGAGGUUCUGCAGUGUUUCUCGCCAUUACCACAGAUUACAACACGGACAACGUCUCUGACUUCGGUACCUCAUCCUUCAUUUGCGCUCCGGUUCUCAGACGUCGUGGAGAUAGAGAAUGCCGUUCACGAGGAUGAGGAGCAGCGCGCCGGCAGGACUAUGGACUGGAUCGGCUCGCGCAUCGCACAGCGCUGUGAGCGAUGGCUGGACAUGCUGGAGACGGAAUCUAGAGAGGGCGGGAAGAUGUGGCGGACCAGGACGCCAUGGUGGGACGAGGUGAAGAGGUGUGUGGAUGGCGACCAUGUCCCGAGUAGUGCGGAGGGUUGGAAUCAUCCCGUGUCUCUGGUCCUCGCCGUUUCUACUACGGCGGCCAACCCGCUGCAGGCGCUGCAAGAUCUGGCCUCUCGCGCAUUCGACUUCCCGCCAUGGGUAGACAUCACGUCUUUGCGCUACUUCCUCAUCAUCCACCCGUCAAAUUCACCCUUGGCUGACCCCAUAGCUGAAGCGUUGUUCAAUGCUGUCAAGAAACAGUAUGGCCUACAUAGUUUUCUCUUACCCCUACAGCUCCCUACAUCUCCGUGCCCCGACCCUGUUCCCGUUCCGACUCUGCCACCACGACUGCCGACGCAGUCCACACUUGAUUCUCCCCCUCUACAGCCGAAGAACAUCACUCUUGCUCCUGAAGAGGACGUAUCGCGAACGCCCGGCCUAGUGCCUCCGCGUCCUCCAGCAUCUCCCAUGCCUAGAGGUCCUGCACCACCUCCUCUAACCAAUAAGCCGACUGAUCAGCCGCCGCCUCCAGCAAUGGCCGACGAUUAUACAGGGAGCACGCUCCGUCUAGCUCCAGAUGACAUUCAGCAAAUUGGUCGUUUUGUACGCGAGUUUGUGACCAUGAGCCUGGUGCCUUGGAUGGAGAAAUGUGUGGUAGAAUGGAAUGAGAACUACUCCUCAUCCCGACGUCUCCCCUCGCGUCUGUUUUCGUCGACCCGUCGAUUAUUCGGUGCCUCAGCUGCAGCAUCCUCAGCAACUCCGACGCAUGGCUCCAACCCAUCUAUCACCUCCAUCAACACCAGAUUCAGCCACGGCGCAAACAGCUCCGUUAGUUCGAUCACAUCGGUUACCUCAGUCUCUAAUAUGGGCCCUGGGAGCGUCAACCAGCAACGACGGCUCGCCGAGUUCGCGACCAUCCUGGGUGACUACAAACUAGCUAUCUCAGUAUGGGAAGCGCUAAGAAAGGAAGGGAGAGGCGGUUCUGAUAUCUUACCUCUCCUUUCUGCUCCCUCUCCAGCUUUGGCCCUCCACGCGGACCAUGCGCUCGCCAUACUCACUGGUCCACAGCCCCGGCAGCCUACUACAUUCGAGGUGCCAGCUCUUGCUCAGUACCGGGCAUUGGUCUAUGCAGCACGUUGGGAGACCGGUAUCGAGCGCCAGGAGUUCCUGGGCCCCGUCCUUGAAGGGGAAAGAUGGCUGGUCAAGGCUGCCUCGAGUGCAGAAGAGCCGCCCACGGCUAUUCUGUAUGCGCAUGCUGCCUUUCUCAGCGAGCUCAGGGGUGCAAGGCGUAGAGCUGCGUUGUGGUACUUAGUUGCUGCUGACAAGCUGGAGAAGACCGGUAUAAAACCGCUCGCGUUGUUUUUCUUCCGAAAGGCCCAUGAUUUAUAUCAGGACCAUAUCCCCAAAGAGCUCUCGCCAUCAUUUUGGGAGAGCGAGGACCGGAGUUCCUUGCAUUGGGAGGGCUUCUCAGCUGUUGUGCCCGGUAUUGAGCACGCGUUAGGUCGUUUGCUCUACACGACGGGUGAUACCGCCGGCGCUGUCCAGUAUUUCUUGACUCUCAUCAAGCCGUCUGCUGCCACGAGACCCAAUCCUUCGUAUGGAGCAGUCAAUGGCGCUGCUUCUCCAUUACUCCCUACCCCAAGCACGGACAAAGUGUAUUUGGAAGACUUCCUUGUCGCCUUCAAGCACUUCAAGGCCACCGAAGGUGAUGCUUGGAAGAACCUGAACCUGAAGCUCCCCAUUACAUUCUGUCAAGCCAAGCAAACUCGCAUCCGGUCGCCUGGGGAUGCUGUUGAAGGUGACUCCGCGACCUGGGAAAAGCUUGAACAGAACUGGUCCGCCUUCUGGACACCUAGAAGCAAAGAGAAGCUGGGCAAGAGCGGAAAGGCAGCCGUCAAUGAAACAUUCUGGGUGGACCUCGUUCUCCGGAAUCCUCUGGACGUAGAAGUUUCUCUAUCGGCUCUGACGGUUACCGUACGAGAAGCCUCGUCAUUAGAUGAGGAUACAACGCGCGACUUCGUGCAGGUCGAGGUCAUCGAAGAUGUCUCCUUGGGCCCCAAAGAUACCCGCACAAUACCAAUUGGUAUCAAGUGUUCACGGCCCGCCUCGCUGGUCGUAACCAGCGCGACUUUCCAGUUCUUUUCCCUGCUCUCCGCUACCGACUCGCUUGCUGUGCGUGGUCGCCGCCUCAAUGAUACCCCUAUACAACGGCAAGGCAAGGUCUAUGCACCAGAUGUAUUGAUCAAGGUCGAAGUGGAGGAAGCCGGUCAGCGGUUGCAUGCCCACUUCGUCGACGGCCGGCACCUAGUUCUCGCUCAGGGCGAGUACAAGCACCAGCGGAUAUGGCUCACUAACUCUGGGACGCGCCCAGUCAGCGAGCUGUGGCUACUCGCUGGGGAAGAGGAUGAGCUUUGGAUUGAUCUGGAGGACGACAAUGCAGACCCAUCUUCAUCAACUCCGCCCAAGGUUGAGACACUACAAUCCCCUAACUCACUCGCCCCAAGGAGGCCAUAUCGGAUUCCGAUAGAGAGGCUACAUUCCAGCCCUCAGCUCGCGCCAGGAGAUGAGAUGCAAUUGCCCUUCAUCCUGCAUGCGGCCCAUCACGGCGAGCAGGAUCUGUGCAUCCUGUUUGUAUUCCGAGAGUCCAACAGCGCCCCGUUCCAUUGCACCAGGGUGACCCGAAGAUACGAGGUCAGGCCAAUACUCAAAGUGACGACGUCGAUGCGACCCAGCGGCUCGUCAGACCACAUGUACACCAUCGGGGUCGAGAUUGAGAACACCACAGGGGCGAGCAACCUUCAGAUUACGCAGCUCUCGACCAUGAGCGCAACGUGGAGAUGUUCCCCAUUACACUCCUCAACAUCUGCUUCCAUUCCUCCUCGCCAAGUUGCCGAUUUUCUCCUGGGGGCCAACCCGUGGCAAGAGGGCAGGGGUGCUUCGGAGACGAAGGAGUUUGUGGCGAACAAGCUCCAAGCACUUCUGAAGGGCGAGCCAGCAGAUGAUUCAGAGCCUCCACCAAUUGACUUGACGUGCACUCAUAUCGCAGAGGCACGUUUCCCUUCCUUUGGCUCGGACAUGGUCCCGCUGCGCACGCCCGCGACGAGGCACUUCCUACACUGCGGCCGGCGCACCAUAACCGCACAAGCGACCGCGUCCUCCCACCCCGACAUCCCAGCACGCCUACAUCGUUCCAUCUUCCCGCUCUACAACCCCUCCAAUGUCGACGUCGUCGUCUUCUGGGAGCUUCCAUCUCAGAAACGUGCAGGCCACAUCCUUCUGCAGGGCCCGACAUUGGGCGCGCAACAUGCAGUCCUGCGGGAGAUCGUCGACGCCGCGGAGAACAUGAAGGUGAAGCGGUCGAUGUAUUCAGAGACGCAGCGCGAGCGGGAGGCGAUCGUCCAGGCCGUGAAAAACUCCGAUUGGAAUCGGGAGACCGAUCCUAUGUUGGUGUUUGUCAAGGACGGCACGGUCGUGGAGCACGACUUCAGGCAAGGCCCUUGCCACGUCCCGAUCGCCUUCACCCUUCGGAACCUUUCACUUACGCACCCGGCGAGGACGACGUUGAAGCUCGUUGAACCGCCCCCCGCGGACUCGUCUUCCGACCUCCUCCCACCGCCGUACGCCGGCCGCCUGAUUCAUAGACAUGUCCUCGGGCCCUCACAAUCUGCCACAGUCUACGCGAAGCUCUGGGCGACACGACCAGGGUCGUUCGUGCUCAACUCGUGGACCGUGGAGACCGAGGUCGGCGAGCCGUCAUCCUCAUCAUCUUCAUCAGAGGCGGCACCCUCUGCGUCGCAGUCAACAGGAGGCUGGAAGUCGAGACACUUACGUUACGUCCAGAGCCCGCGGGCGGGUGACCGGCCUUUCGUAACAGUGGUGGACGUCGGGCGGCUCAAGUAG